GGCAUUGGGCUCACACUCUGCUUUAACACCAGAUCCUGUGUAAGUAUUGGGUGGCAUUGGGCUCACACUCUGCUUUAACACCAGAUCCUGUCCAAAGAUGUUGCAGUACAGUCUGUUAGUGCUGGCCCUUGUAUUUACCAGUGGUCAUGCUGGCAAUGACUCCCCCACUGGAAGCUUUGAGAGGUGGUACAGAAGCUGCAAGGACAUCAAGAGAAUAGAUAGAUCUGCAACAGAUGGAAUUUAUACUCUGACAACCAAAAAUGGAAUGCAGUAUCAGACCUUCUGUGACAUGACCACCAAUGGAGGAGGGUGGACAUUGGUGGCCAGUAUCCAUGAAAACAAUAUAUAUGGAAAGUGCACAGCAGGAGAUCGCUGGUCCAGUCAGCAGGGAAAUGCCAUUAACUACCCUGAGGGAGAUGCCAACUGGGCAAACUAUGCCGUGUUCGGGGAUGCUUUAGGAGCAACCAGUGAUGACUACAAGAAUCAGGGAUAUUACGACAUUUCCGCCAAGGAUUUGGGUUUGUGGCAUGUGCCUAACCUGACCCCACUUUCUCAAUGGAGGAACGCUGCUCUGCUGAGAUAUCGCACAGAAACUGGUUUCUUCACCUCAGAAGGAGGAAAUCUUCUCAACUUGUACAAGAAAUAUCCAGUGAGGUAUAAUGCUGGGGCAUGCCUGAUCAACAAUGGACCUGCUGUGCCAAUUGUGUACGAUUACGGAAAUGCUGAAAAGACAGCCAAUUACUACUCUCCAAAUGGGAGAGCUGAGUUCACUGCAGGCUUUGUCCAGUUUCGAGUUUUUAACAAUGAAAGAGCAUCACAGGCUCUGUGUCCAGGAAUGAAGGUGACGGGAUGCAACACAGAACAUCACUGUAUCGGAGGAGGUGGCUUCUUCCCAGAGGGGAACCCCGUCCAAUGUGGAGAUUUUGCUUCCUAUGACUGGAACGGGUAUGGGACACACCUAGGAUCGAGUGCCAGCAAGGAGAUAACGGAGGCAGCUGUCCUACUCUUUUAUCGCUAAUUG